GUAACCUUUGCAUAACACCCGGGGCCGGCGGGGGACGCAGCGGGCACAGCCCGCGGGACCGCGCUGCCCCUGCCACCGGCCGCGCUCCGGGAGCGGCCCGGCUCCUCAGCGGCUCCACCAAACUCCAUGGGAUAUAGCCCAAAGUGCCCCAAAGCCGCGGAGAGGGUGGCAGCAGCUCUGGUUGCACCAUGGCCGAGCCCAAGUCUGUGUGUGUUUCUGUGGACGAGGUGGUCUCCAACGGCACCGACACCCAGGACAUCCACCUCAUCAAUGGACACUUAAAAAAAGUGGACAAUGCUCUGACAGAAGCUCACAGGUUCUCCUACCUGCCCCGCAGGCCAGCUGUGAACAUUGAGUUCAAAGAACUGUCCUACUCCAUCCAGGAAGGGCCAUGGUGGAGAAAGAAAGGUUAUAAGACCCUUUUGAAAGGGAUUUCAGGGAAGUUCAGCAGUGGAGAACUCGUUGCAAUUAUGGGACCUUCAGGAGCUGGGAAGUCAACACUUAUGAAUAUUCUGGCAGGAUACAGAGAGACGGGGAUGAAAGGAGAAAUCCUCAUCAACGGGCAGCCGCGCGACCUGCGCUCCUUCCGCAAGGUCUCCUGCUACAUCAUGCAGGAUGACAUGCUCCUUCCUCACCUCACUGUCCAGGAGGCCAUGAUGGUAUCUGCUCAUCUGAAACUUCAAGAGAAAGAUGAAGGGAGGAGAGAAAUGGUGAAGGAAAUCCUGACAGCCCUUGGUUUGCUGACCUGUGCCAACACGAGGACUGGGAGCCUCUCUGGGGGCCAGAGGAAACGCCUGGCCAUUGCUCUGGAGCUGGUGAACAACCCCCCUGUCAUGUUCUUUGAUGAGCCCACCAGUGGCUUGGACAGUGCAUCAUGUUUUCAGGUGGUCUCUCUGAUGAAGGCUUUGGCCCAGGGUGGCAGAUCCAUCAUCUGCACGAUUCAUCAGCCCAGCGCAAAGCUGUUUGAGCUCUUUGACCAGCUCUAUGUUCUAAGUCAAGGUCAGUGCAUUUACCGUGGGAAGGUAACAAACCUUGUCCCUUACUUGAGAGAUUUGGGGCUGAAUUGUCCAACCUACCACAACCCAGCAGAUUUUGUGAUGGAGGUGGCCUCGGGCGAGUACGGGGACCAGAGCAGCCGCCUGGUCAGGGCGGUCAGGGAGAGGAUUUGUGACUCCGACUACAAGCGAGACGUGCCUGGGGAGCACGAGCUGAACCCCUUCCUGUGGCACCGGCCCUCUGAGGAGGACUCCUCCUCCACAGAAGGCUGCCACAGCUUCUCUGCCAGCUGCCUCACCCAGUUCUGCAUCCUCUUCAAAAGGACUUUCCUCACCAUCAUGAGGGACUCGGUCCUGACACACCUGAGGAUCACCUCACACAUUGGCAUUGGGCUGCUCAUCGGAUUGCUCUACUUGGGCAUUGGCAAUGAGGCCAAGAAAGUCCUCAGCAACUCGGGGUUCCUCUUUUUCUCCAUGCUGUUCCUCAUGUUUGCUGCUCUCAUGCCCACUGUCCUCACCUUUCCCCUUGAGAUGGGAGUAUUUCUCAGAGAGCAUCUGAACUACUGGUACAGCCUGAAAGCCUAUUACCUGGCCAAGACCAUGGCUGAUGUUCCUUUCCAGAUCAUGUUCCCUGUGGCCUACUGCAGCAUCGUGUACUGGAUGACCUCCCAGCCCUCGGACGCGCUGCGCUUCGUGCUCUUCGCCGCCCUGGGCACCAUGACCUCCCUGGUGGCUCAGUCGCUGGGCCUGCUCAUAGGGGCAGCCUCCACGUCCCUGCAGGUGGCAACUUUUGUUGGCCCAGUUACUGCCAUCCCAGUCCUGCUGUUCUCUGGGUUUUUUGUCAGCUUUGACACCAUCCCAACAUACCUCCAGUGGAUGUCCUACAUUUCCUAUGUCAGAUACGGGUUCGAAGGCGUCAUCCUCUCCAUCUACGGACUGGAUCGAGAAGAUCUGCACUGUGACAAAGAUGACACCUGCCACUUCCAAAAAUCAGAGGCCAUCCUGAAAGAACUGGACGUAGAAAAUGCCAAACUUUACCUGGACUUCAUCGUUCUUGGGAUUUUCUUCUUCUCUCUGCGCCUGAUUGCCUAUUUUGUGCUCAGAUACAAAAUCCGAGCGGAGAGGUAAAGGAGAAGCAGCUGAACCGAGGCAGUAGGAGAACUUUAGGCAUCAAAUAGAGGGCACUUGACAUUGUCUCACUGUGGCAGGCUGGUCCCCAGGCUGGGGACAGCCAGAUGCUGUCCUGACCGAGCCCAUGGAGAGCCACAAUGGGAUAGUGGACAUCCAGUGUUAAGCCAAUCAGUCCAGUUGGGUUGGGUCAUGUUUUCAUUACACUUUCUAGCUUUAACUAGGAAGAAGAACUAUAGAAGGGAAUUUUACACCACAGGAUAUCAAUGCAGAGGCAGUGUAACUGUCACAAGAAACCUGGCUGCAGGAGCUUUCCUUAUGAAAACCAAUUUUGGGAUAAGGUCACCAGGAUCCUGGUGGCCAGAAUAGUGUAAUGUCAUCUCUAGCUGACAGAUGAUAGUGAGAUGCAAAAUGAGAAAUGCAAAGAAAUAAGAUUAUCUCAUCUUUUUAAAUUUCAUCUUUGCAGUUUUCUAUGUAUUAUUUUGCAAUUCUUUUCCACAGAAUUACCCCCUUCUGGCUAAAAGUCUGUAAAUGUAUUAAUAAGGUAAAGAUAUCUUUUUAAUAUGGAUACUUUUUUAAAAGAAACCUAAAGCGAUUCAAGUAAUUAUUUUUGUUUCUGUCUGAAUUUAGAAUUCUGGUGCUUUACUUGUCGAGCUGGUCUCAUAUCUGAAAACUGUAAUAAUAGGAGGAAAAGGCAGAUUCUGAAUCUGCAUUAACCUGUGAUCCCAUUUGGAAGCAGCACUGGAUAGCACAUGCAGUUAGACAUGGUCAAGCUGUCACUGAACUGUUGAAAAAUAUAUUCGAAAAAUAUAUUCUUUUGCAGUGUCUUUAAAUCCUUAGUAUUUGUGAUAUUUUGGGAUACUAGCUCUGUUCAUUAUCUGUUUGAUCUACCUCCUGCCACUGAAAAAAAAUCAAAGCACUCCAAGGCUUAUUUUUAAUGAAAUUGUGCAAGCAGGAUCUGUCCCUAAAGUGAUUGUUAAGGGAGUGCAAGAGCUGUCCACAGAUCAGAGCUUGGGCUGCUGUGUUAAAACACCUGUGAUUGCCUCAUCCAGAGGUGUUCAUUGUAUCUGCAACACCCUCUGUGUGGGACCCUCCCAAAAACACACAAAUGACCUUGAAACACUGCAGGUCUAAUUGUAUCAGUCGGUUUUGUUCUCAUCCCUAAGCCUCCGUGCACAGCAUGAGAAUCAAUUGCUGUGAACACCAAUGAAACUGUUAUUUUGGGUAUCUCACCUCUGUGAAUUUGGCAGCGCAAAUCUGGUUCCAAGGUGAUGUGAAUUUUCAUGGGUUUGGAUUUUCAGCCUAAAAUGAACCCACCAUCCUCACAUUGGACACCUUGGUGAGCUUUUGUGCAAAUAGCAGGGCUUUCUGCCACGACUGUGAAUUUAUCUGGGUGUCCCAGAGGCCUGAAUGCUCUGUAAAUGCAUUAUUCCCUCCCAGACCCCUGAGUGAGGCCUGAAUGUUCUGUAAAUGCAUUAUUCCCAUCAGGAUGCUGAACUCUUGCAGGCUGGAGGCAGCUCAAUGUCGGCAAACCGUUGAGGAGCCCAGCAGGGUAGAUAAAAGGGACCUGGUUCAUCUUCUGGCCCCCAGCAGUGAAAAAUCCACAAACUUUUCCAAGACUCCAUGGCUGUGUCUAUCCUCAUGAAAUAAAAAAUGCCAUGCCCUGCUCUGUUAGUCCUCAAACAGCUGGGGUUAACAGGAGUGGGCCCUACACUGACUUUUACACAGCCCAAACACUGUUUGCAAAAGCUCUGGCUCUGCUGGGCUGCAGCUUUCCCAUUUAGCAGGGAAGAAAAUUGUUUCCCAGUUUUCCUGGCCCGUGCCCAGGCUCUGUUUGAUUUAUCAAUACAGACACAGGCUGCAGGUAUCUGUUAAACUCAGGACAUCUGAACCAAGCCUGGGGUCUGGAAGGCUUUAAAUCAAGACACAUGUUUUAGGAAGGCUGGCUGAACUUUCCCUGAAAAUAACGUUUACCUGUGAAAGCAAAAUCAAUCUUUACUGUUGAAAAAAAAAAAAAAAAACCAAAUUCCUUGCACGGCCUCUUUGCUUAAUUUUUGUUGCUGUUCUUUCUCAAAAAGCUUUUGUACAGCUCUGCAGCUUUUCCAAGCAUAAUCACGAGCAGGUACAAGCCUAUAUGGCUGUCAGAUUUGAGAAAUAAAGAAUUUGAGCUAUUCCAAAUAAUACUCAUAGCUGUGAGCAGUUUUUAAACAAGGCACAGGCUGAAAUCCAUUUAGCACAACGUGCCUUGGUUAUUUCAAGACUCUCAACAUAUUUGUGACUAUGACAGGCAGUUCAAACACAUUUUGCAAGCAGACAAAGACAUUUGCCAAAUUCCUCUUGGGUUGCAGACUUCUGGCCCAGGCUGGGGUCAAAGAGUGUGGCAUCCCUGGCACUGAGCACCUUCAGGGUUGAUGUUUUUUGUGUUUACCAGCUCCAUUUACCAAAUACACCCUGGCAAUCCCUGCAGUGCUCCAGAUGAGGUGACUUUGCUCCAUUCCCACACUGACAUCUUGCAGGAUGCUGCUCUCUCCCAUCUAGACCAGUUUUAGCUGUAUGAAUUCCUUGGAUGCUGUCUUGUUUUCUCUGCCUGUUCCUCUGGUUUCAGGCUGUCUCAUUUUAUGUUUUUAGCCUCCAGCAUGUCCUCAUGUAUUAUAAAUUUGUGUUGUGUUAUGGCAGCCAAAAAUCUGGUCCUCCACGGGUGUUCCUGAGAAAAUUCCUGCUCUGGGAAUAUUUUUAUCACUCCUUUUUUUGUUAGAUAUGCUUUUUCCAGCCUUCAGCUGGCAGCAUUUAGAUGGAAGUUACUAUUCUUAGAAAUGCUUUCAGGCUGUAGUAUCCCAGUAAAGAAGUAAUUCUCUGGAGACUCAGUGAUACACAUAGAUGAGAUAAUAAUUUUUUCUCUCCCUCGCUCACAAAUUAACUGAUGAUCUCUCUUUUGUCACUGCUUUGGGACAGAAGCCUUUAAAAUCCAUCCCAAUUAUGUCUUCAUCUACUGCAGAGAUUUUUAAUGUAGUCUCAGGUUGGCUUUUUCUCUCUUUACAUAGAGAUAAAUUCUAACAGGCUGGUACAAAACACACCCCCAGGUUAAUGGGCUGAGCAGGUGCUCUUGUUGUGAGCAGCACUUUGGGAAGCUCUGGAGGCUUCACUUGGAAGAAUAACAAGGCCAGCAAGAUUCUGAAGGCUUCAAAUGCUCAAUUUUCAAAUCCUCAGUUUUAUAGCCAUAUAUAAAGAGCCAUAAACUCUCUGAAAUCAAUGCCAUUAUUACCAUUUGAACCAGCCACAGCCUGGGUAAAGACUGUGUAAGAGGCUAAAGGUUUCACUUGGAAACUGAAUGUAUGAUUUUUGUUGGGAUUGCAGGAAGACUUUAAUGUCCUGUUGGCCUCCUUACUCUAUUUUAACUUGUUUUGAGAUGUUGCUUUGCUUACUGUGUGCAUUAGUUAAGACUUUAAGUCCUUCACACUUCUUUUGUUGUUUUUCUUCAUGGAAGCUUGCAUAUGAUCUGAAAAACGCUGAAGGCUCUUAAAAAUAACUUGAAGCAUUAUUAUUUACAAUUAAAUAAAAGAUUUGGAAAGCAGAUUCUACUCUUAAGAAAUCGAGAAGGUUCCAUUGUUACAGGUCAAAAUCAGAGGCCAUUCUGAAAGAACUGGAUGUAGAAAAUGCCAAACUGUAUCUGGCCAAAGGGAGUGGAAGGACACUGGUGCUGAAAUCCUUCAGCUCUCAGAAUUUGGAGCACAAAGUACCUAUUUUAAUUAAAAGAGAGGAAUAUGUGCACAUGUACCAGGGAGAGCUGGUUAUGUAAGUGGGAGAUAAUGAACCUGAGUCCAAGAACUGGCUGUCUCAGGUGAUUGGCAGUUCUGUCCACACUUCUGUGUCAAACUCUGUGUUCUCAGCAGAAGGGAAUGUUUUAUUAAUCACUUGUUUCUGUCAGGAAGUGUGGUACAUCCUGAACUGUGCCACCCCAGUGUUCCUCACAGAGGUGACCUAUCUACACAGUGCUGGCUGGAUUUUGGGGUUCUGAGAAUUGGGGAAGGCCAGCAAAGCUGAUAUCCUGGUGGGAAUCUCUUACAGACCACCCAGCCAGGAUGGAGAGGUAGAUGAAAUGUUCAAUUGGAAGUCUUUUGAUUGAUGCCCCUUUUCCUGUGGGAGACUUUAACUUGCCAAAUGUCUGCUGGAAACACAGCACAGCAGAGAGGAAAAAAUCCAGGAGGUUCCUGAGGUGUGUGGGAGGUAAUUCCUGACCCAGCUGGUGAGGGAACCAGGCCCUGGUGAUGCCCCACUGGCCCUGUGUGUCAGCAGAGAAGGGCUGGUGGGUGAUGGGGUUGUUGGAGAUGCUCUUGGGCACAGUGAACAUGAAGUGAGAGGUUCUGGUUCUUGGGGAGAAGUUUUGAAAGGUUUUGAAGUGAGAGGUUUUGGUUCUUGGGGAGAGGUUUUGAGGUGAGAGGUUUUGGUUCUUGGGGAGAGGUUUUGACAAGUUCUGGUUCUUGGGGAGAGGUUUUGAAAGGUUUUGAGGUGAGAGGUUCUGAUUCUUGGGGAGAGGUUUAGAGAUGAGAGGUUUUGGUUCUUGGGGAGAGGUUUUGAGGUGAGAGGUUCUGGUUCUUGGGGAGAUGGAGGGGUGGCAGGAGAACUUUGCAGGGCAGACUGUGCUUGAGAGCUGGGCUGGCAGAGUCCCUUGGGAGGCAGCCCUGAAGGUCUGAGAGGUCCAGGAAGACACAGAGAUUCUUAAGGAGGAAUCCUAAAGGCACAGCAGGAGCAGGCCAUCCAUGCCCAUGUGCCAAAGGACAUCCAGAGGGGCAGAAGGUCUGGCCUGGCUGAGCAGAGAGCUUUGGCUGGAGUUCAGGGAACAAAACAGGGUGUGUGACCUUUGGAAGAAAGGGCAGGCAGCCCAGCAGGGCUGCAGGGACACUGUGAGGUUAUUCAAGGAGAAAUUAGAAGGGCCAAAGCCCAACUAGAACUUAAUCUGGCUACUGCUGCAAAAGACUAUAAAAAUAUCUCUGUAAAUAGAGCACUAAGGAGAGUCUCCAUCCUUCCUUGGAUUUCCUUUAUUUCCUACCAGAACAGCCCCAUGGGGUGCAGCUGCUCAGGAAUUUCUGUGUGCACAUCCAUUUAUAAUGCAGGAUCAUGUGAGAAGCUGUUGGGAACUUGAAGCAGGCAGAGAAUGACACCUGUGUCAUGUCCUGUGUGACAGCUUGUGGCAGGCUGGUCACUGCAGUGCCACACAGCUCUGGGGAGAGCAUUCAGUGAGUGCUGAGUGCCACUGGAGCCCGUCAGGAGCUCUGCCAUUUGGGAGCAGGGGCAGUGGCAUUUUCAGGGAUGGGAUUCUGCUGCCCUCCUCCCAAAUUCCUGUUCCCAUAACCCAUAACAGAGGGCUUGGUGUGGGGGAUCCCACUGAGUGAUUCUUGUCAGCCCACGUAGAACUCUUCAUAUCACAUGUCUAAAAGUUUCAGUUUUGAGCCUGCAAACAUGGCAAGUUUCAUUUUAAUUCUGUUUAAUGCUUUAUUUCUGUCUGUACGUAUUUCGCCUAGAGUUUCUGAAGGAGUAAUUGUACUGUAGAGCACAAAAUUUAACUGCAGUCUUUUUGUUAUUUCGAAAGCUUACAAAGAAUGAUCAUUUUAUGCAGUUGUCAGCUGUAGAACCUUUCUUUAAGAGAUUUAGACCAGCCAGGAUGUGUCUCCCAUGGCACAAACCGUGGCCAUGGCUCAGCCUGCAUUCUCUGCAUGGCUGUGCCUUCAGGACACAUCCAGAUUUUCCUGGUUCUUUUUCUUUUGUUUUCUUUUUCUCCCCCUGGGGGCUCCCAUGCAGCUCAGCCCAUUCCUAUCAAUGGCUUUUGUCCCUUUUUUCUGGCCGUUCAUGGCUGCUGUCCAGUGGGGUGUGAGAAUGAGCUGCUUGGGGAGAGUGCAGGGUGGGUAAAGGUGGAGGGAUGACUUUGAGGCAUCCUUGAGCUACCAAAACCCCAACGUGCUGGAUCUCUGUGUGUGCUUCACUCAAAAAAAUUCAAAAAUGUCUUUUUCAGCAGAUUGCAAGGCAACAUGGAGGCUUCUGCUUUUAAAGGUUAAUGGGGUUUUCUACUUCAGUGGCAUCUGUGAUGUCUUUUUUUUGACCCUGUUGUAGCUUAUUUUAGUGGAUUAUUUUAAAGUAAUCUUUAUACAAACUCCCAUUACUUCCAGAAACAAACUUUCCUGGCCUCAGUGAUAAUUAUACCAACCUUUCCAAAUGUGAAUCAGUUGUUGAACAUUUUUUUAAAAAAAAAUAUGGAAAAAAUUCUCCUAAAUUAUGGCAAAAGAAAAUUAAAUUUGAGACAAUUACACUGAUACACCUUAAAAGAAGAAGAUAACAAGUCCUGCAGUGGGGCCAAGCCUUCACCUGUGUCAGUUAAGAUUUAUCAAAUACCUUUUCUGAGUCAGCUGACCUUAUUGUGAGAUCCUGCCCUUGAACCUGUUACUGAAUUAUUUAACAUUUGGUUCUUUUGUUUUUCAAAGCAAGAGUCAAUGCAAGGUAUGAUUUUAAAAUCAGCGUGCUAAAGUGUGCAUAUUCUGAAUAUCUAAUAUGUCAUUGUUGUCUCUUGUUUCUGUAAUGCAUUUGCAUUACUAUGAAUCAAUUUUAUUCUGCUUCUCUAGAGACUAUUGCUGCCUGCACGCUGUGAUAUAUUUGCACUGUUGUAGAUAUAUAUAUAUACAGAUAUUGUAAUUAUAUUAUACAAACCAUGUCUUUUUCAGGUUGCUUGUUACCUUUGUAGUUUAUGCUUCCUGGUACAGUGGACCUGAGUAAAAAUGUGGGAUGUGGGGCAUUCUGAUGAUAUAUUACAGUAAUAGAGAAAUCUUUGUAUAUUUCUGUAUACUUAAUACCUGUAAGAAGAGAUUUGUAUGUGCAUUAUUUUCCAGACUUAGGGCUUUGUUUUCUGAGACUAGAGAACAUUUAUGAUAAUGUAACACACACACACACACAGAGAAAAAAUCAAAUAAAGUGUUAUUAUUUUCAGACAGA